AUGGCCGUCUUCCUGCUGUCCAGCGACGCCUUCGCCCGGCCCAUCUACAUCGACCUGGCCUCCAUGUACACCCUGCCGCCGCCGGCGUCCUGGACCGGCGCCGUGUUCAAGGGGGCCGCCGCGCGGCUGACCGCCGCCGGGCACCACGACCUGGUGGUGGCCGGCGGCCAGCAGGUCCUGGCCCUGGUCGGGCCCCGCGACCCGGCCACCGAGGCCAACAUCCCGGCCGACCCGCUGGCCAUCGCGGCCAUCGACCACAUGCGCCUGGUGCCGGACCGCCCGGCCGGCGCCUGGGUGGCCCUGGCCAUCGGGGACUUCGACGGCGACGCCCGGCCGGACCUGGCCCUGGCCGCCGACGACCGGCCCACCGUCAUUGCCCUGUACUCGCAGAAGGAGGCCUCGCCAAACUGCCUGUGUGGCCCGGAUGCCCAGUGCGCCCACCCGGACGGACCUCACAUCCUCGCGCGGUGCUUCUGCACCGGGGCGAAUCGUCUCCUCGAGAGCGGCUACGCCCGGUGCGAGGCGUGCGCCUCGGGCUUCUUCCCGGUUGCUGACGGCGCCUGCGCCGCCUGCCAUGGCAACUGCCGGGAGUGCACCGGCCCGGAGGUCGGCCAGUGCACCGCCUGCUCGACCGGCUGGCACCUGCUCAAUGGCGUCUGCGGCCUGGCCCCGGCGGCCACGGUGACCGUCCGGCCGGAGCCCGGCCCCGGCACGCCGGCCGUCUACUUCCAGGCCUCCGAAAUGCUGAUGCUGGACACGGUCCAGAUGUUGGCCGUGACCAGCCUCUCCUCGGCCACCGACCAGCCCCUCCUCUUCAAUGACCUGCGAGCCUUUGAGCACUACCGCCAGGCGGACUUCUCCCCGGCCGGUGCCGAGCCCCGCCGCGCCGAGGCCCUGCUCAUCCGUGGCGCGCAGAAGCGCGUCGUGCAGGCCACGCCGGUCCCCGGGUCCGGGCACUUCACCCUGCAGACGCCCCCGGCCCUGGGCCGGCUGGACCUGGUGCUCCGCCGGAUGGCCGAGUCGCUGCACAUGCCCAUGGUCGGCACCGAUCUGGUGGAGUGCCUCGACGACCGGGACAAUCCCCUCGCCUCCGGCACCGGGCGCCUGUGCGACCUGGCCCUACGCACCCUGGCGUUCACCGAUCCAUUGGAAUUCGCUCGUCCGACCCCGGCACGGGUCCGACUCCGGCGCACGUACCACUCCACCGAUCCCGGGCUCGCUCCGGUCGGCAUGCUUGUGGCCUUCGUGACCUGGCACCCGGUGGACAAUCGCCGGGGCCAGGACCGCUGGCUGGUGGCCGCCAAGAGCACCCCCAGCAGCCACUCCUGCUCGUACUACUGGACCGGGGUCGUGCCCGGCAGCCUCGACAUCAUGCGGCCGCACUUCUGGCCGGUGGACCUGCCGCUCGGGCUGAGCAUGCCCUGCGCCCAGCCGCACUCCCUGCCGCAGGACCCGGCCGGCGUGCACCCGCCGCCGAUGCUCCUCUCGGUCGCCGCCGCCAAGGUGCCCGGCAAUCCGGUCCUGCUCUACCUGUGGCGGUCCAUCUCCACGGUCGAUGGCCAUGCCCGGAUGGAUGCCCCGGUGCCGCUGCUCCGGUCCGCGGAUCUCGGCUACCCGCAGGGCACCAGCCCGACCACCUUCCAGCUGGCCAUCAUGCCGCACACCCUGCGCCACGACCGGGCCGAGCUCUUCUUCUGGGACGGCCAGUGGUUCUACUCGGCCCAUGCUCGAAACAGGCCGGGGCCCCUCGCCCGGGUGGAUGGUCCGGGGGGCGAUGUCGUGGCCCGCGCGUUCGGCUGA